UUUAACGUUAGCUUCUCUCAACAGUGCAGUCUUUGAGUGUCGCUCUUAGCUUCAUGGGUCUAGGCCUAGAGUGCUCAGCCAAACGAGAAUGUCUGGAUUUAGAAACCUGUGGGCGGGAAUCCGCAGAUGAUGUCACUGGAGGUGUCACCGAGGGGCCCUGAGACCCGCCCCACUCCUUGGGGAAGGCGUGGACCCGGCGCUCUGUUUUUACGUAUUUCCGGAGUCUCUUCCGAGACCGAAGGUUGUGUUGGGGAACUGAAGCAGUUUCGGUGGGCGGAUAGGGAACCCUGCGUUUCUACCGUGUGAUCCGGCCGCCUUCCUGGCCCGACGCCAUGGGAGUGACUUGUGUGUCCCAGAUGCCUGUGGCUGAGGGCAAGAGUGUUCAGCAAACCGUAGAGCUCCUUACCCGGAAAUUGGAGAUGCUUGGGGCAGAGAAGCAAGGAACAUUUUGUGUGGACUGUGAGACUUACCAUACGGCUGCAUCUACCCUUGGCAGCCAAGGUCAGACCGGGAAGCUGAUGUAUGUGAUGCACAACUCAGAGUACCCAUUGAGCUGUUUCGCUCUCUUUGAGAAUGGCCCUUGUCUUAUUGCUGACACCAACUUUGAUGUGCUUAUGGUGAAGCUCAAGGGCUUUUUCCAGAGUGCUAAGGCCAGCAAGAUUGAAACCCGGGGCACCCGGUACCAGUACUGUGACUUCCUGGUGAAGGUGGGCACGGUCACAAUGGGGCCCAGUGCCCGGGGCAUCUCUGUGGAGGUGGAGUAUGGCCCUUGUGUGGUAGCUAGUGACUGCUGGAGCCUGCUGCUUGAGUUCCUACAGAGUUUUCUAGGCAGCCACACACCAGGCGCUCCCGCAGUGUUUGGGAACAGACAUGAUGCAGUCUACGGCCCAGCAGAUACCAUGGUCCAGUACAUGGAACUCUUCAACAAGAUCCGCAAGCAGCAGCAGGUGCCGGUGGCUGGGAUUCGUUAGUGAUGAGCAGCUGCCAGCUGAGCUCUGUCACCAGGGGUACUCCACAGGAGAAGCAGGUGCUGACUCUCAGGUCCCUGGACCCCAGAAACCCAGGGUAGACAUGGAAUCUACUCUUCUUCUCUGGUUCCCAGCUGUGGCUUUUGUUCUGGGGCUCUGGAGUCCCCUCCCCAACCCCCUGACUCUCACACAUAGCCCCCCAUCAGCUGUUUUAUUCCAUUCCUUACUGGAUUUGGCCUAUCCUCAAGAAUGGUAAUUAUGAAGAAUGGAGAAGUUUGGACCCUGCCUCUUUUAGGGGAAAGGUAGGACAGGAAUGUCCCUGCCUGGUAUUGAUGGGGAAAACAGUCUGUAUCCUCAACUAUUGGGGAUUUGUCUCAGGCCCACCGUGAACAUGCUGCAUUUUAUGUUUGGAUUGUGCUAUAAUAAGAGCCUCUUCCUUUUGUCAGAGGAUGUAACUGGGCUUCUAUCCUGGAGAUAGAGUGGAAGGCACAACUGGUUUGAUAGUUACCAUUUUCUGACCUGUUUGCUGAAGUGAUUUGCGAAUUGACUUUCCUAGGAUGUUGCCUGAGUCCUUUGAACUCUCCUUCUGACAUCUUUCCCUUCUGUUGUGAAAUAUGUUAAGCCACAGGCCAAACUGCUGUAAGAUUGAAGUUUGUUUUUUUCUCACCUAAUAAUAGAGAGGUAAUCAGAUGGUCUAGGGCAGAUUUAACUCUACAAGGUUAUCAGGAACUUGGUUUCCUUCUGUCUUAUUCAGCCAUUCCCAGUAUGUUUUCUUACCCACAAUAUCCAAGAAGACUCAUCAGCUCCAUAUCUGCAUUCUCCUGGGGAAAGAGAGAGAGAAAAGAUAUGUUUUUUAAAAAAGACAGGACUGAGCAUUGCUCAAAUCACUGUGGCCACACUUUGCUGAAAGAGAUGCUGGGACAUAGAGCCUCUUAUCUGGGCAGUCAUGUGCCGAGUUAAGACUCAGGGAUGCUGUGACUACAAGAUGAAAGAGAAUUUGGUUGCUGAGACCCAGUUAAUGGCCUCUGCUACAUGGAGCUCAAUGGACAUGCCCAGGAAUGCUCUUGGCUGUUCGUUUGCAGUUAAUACCUCCUGUAACUAAAGCAUUCGUUUAUGAAUUGACUUAUGAGAAGGGCUGAUCUCAGAGUCACUUUGAGCUAAGUUGGAUUAGUCACACUAGGAAGUUAAUUCCAC